UUGAGAAACGUUUUUGUAUCGUUUUCGUAAUAUCUGUGUCCAUUCUUCUGUGUGUGAGUGUGUGCAGUAAUAUCACUUUUUUAAAGUAGAGCCCACUUAGCAACCAUGGAUACUGACCUUUAUGAUGAGUUCGGUAACUACAUAGGUCCAGAACUCGAUAGUGACGAUGAUGAAGAGGAAGAACAAGAGCAUCACGACGAAGAUGAGCACCAAGAUUACGAUGAUGAACAAAUGGAAGAUGAACCACAACCAAUGGCUAUUGUACUACAUGAAGAUAAGCAGUACUAUCCUUCCGCUUUACAAGUGUAUGGGCCCGACGUCGAAACGAUCGUUCAGGAAGAGGACGCACAACCGCUUGACGUUCCUCUGAUAGAGCCUGUCAAGAAGAAAAAAUUCCAGCUUAAAGAACAAGAAUUGCCUGAAACAGUAUACAGCAUGGAGUUCUUGGCUGAUAUGAUGGACAACACUUCGCUGAUCAGGAACGUGGCUCUCGUUGGGCAUUUGCAUCACGGCAAAACGUCUUUCGUUGAUUGUUUAAUUCGUCAGACGCAUCCGGGGUAUCAAGAUAACGAAGAAAAGAACCUGCGGUACACUGACACCCUCUUCACCGAACAAGAGAGGGGUUGUUCGAUAAAAUCCAUUCCGGUUACGUUGCUUUUGCAAGACGUUAAAAAUAAAAGUUAUUUGAUGAACAUUUUCGACACACCAGGACAUGUAAAUUUUUCUGACGAAGUCACAGCAGCCAUGAGGCUGUGUGACGGAGUCGUACUGUUUGUCGAUGCAGCCGAAGGCGUUAUGUUAAACACGGAACGCCUCCUCAAACACGCAGUCCAGGAGCAAAUGCAGAUCACGAUUUGUAUAAACAAAAUCGACAGGUUAAUUUUGGAACUGAAGUUACCCCCUCAGGACGCUUACUACAAGCUGCGGCAUAUUGUCGAAGAGAUAAACGGACUGUUAACGUUGUAUUCCGAUGACGCUAAUCCUUAUAUCGUGUCUCCUGUACUCGGCAACGUUUGUUUUGCUAGUUCGCAGUACGGCGUGUGUUUUACCUUGAAAUCCUUUGCGAAUAUCUACAAUUUGUACUACGGGGAGGUAAACGUGGAGGAAUUUUCGAAACGGUUGUGGGGCGACAUAUAUUUCAAUAAUAAAACGAGAAAAUUCACAAGGAAAGCGCCACAUAACUCUGCACAAAGAAGUUUCGUCGAGUUCAUCCUCGAACCGCUGUACAAAAUCUUCGCUCAAGUCGUGGGAGACGUGGACUCGACUUUACCGGACGUACUGGACGAACUGGGUAUUAAACUGACCAAAAACGAGAUGAGACUCAACAUCAGACCGUUGCUGAGGCUGGUGUGUGGCAAAUUUUUGGGCGAUUUCAACGGCUUUGUGAACAUGUGCGUGGAACACAUCAGAUCUCCCUUGGACAACGCAAAAACGAAGGUGGAUCACAUCUACACAGGCCCCAACACCAGCAAAAUAUACGAUGACAUGAUCAACUGCGACCAAGAGGGGCUUUUAAUGGUGCACAGCUCGAAGAUGUACCCCACAGAAGACUGCACAUUCUUCCAAGUUCUGGGAAGGGUGAUGAGCGGUACGCUGCACGCCGGCACGGACGUUAGAAUUUUGGGUGAAAACUACACACUGCAAGACGAGGAAGACUCUAGGGUACUCACGAUUGGGCGGUUGUGGAUUUACGAGUCCAGGUACAAAGUGGAGCUGAACAGGGUACCUGCAGGUAAUUGGGUGCUUAUUGAGGGCAUCGACCAGUCUAUUGUCAAAACCGCUACAAUCACAGAUCUGACGAUCCACGACGAUCUCUAUAUCUUCAGGCCGCUGAAGUUCAACACCCAGAGCAUCAUCAAAAUUGCGGUGGAACCCGUAAAUCCGUCCGAACUACCGAAAAUGUUGGACGGCUUGCGGAAAGUGAACAAGUCGUACCCGUUGCUUACCACAAAAGUGGAAGAAAGCGGCGAACACGUCGUACUAGGCACGGGAGAGCUCUAUCUGGACUGCGUCAUGCACGACCUCCGCAAAAUGUACUCCGAAAUAGACAUAAAAGUUGCUGACCCGGUAGUGGCCUUUUGCGAGACUGUCGUGGAGACGUCCAGCUUAAAAUGUUUUGCCGAAACCCCAAAUAAAAAGAACAAGCUCACCAUGAUCGCUGAACCGCUAGAGAAAGGCCUGGCGGAGGACAUCGAGAACGAAAACGUUCAAAUUAACUGGAACAAGAAAAAGUUGGGCGAGUUCUUCCAGACCAAGUACGAUUGGGAUUUACUAGCCGCCAGAAGCAUAUGGGCUUUUGGACCGGAUAAUACAGGUCCGAACAUCCUAGUGGACGACACCCUACCUUCGGAAGUAGACAAGGCCCUUCUGAGUUCGGUGAAGGACUCCAUCGUCCAGGGUUUCCAGUGGGGUACCCGCGAGGGUCCCCUAUGCGAGGAGCCCAUCAGAAACACGAAAUUUAAAAUCCUGGAUGCCGUCAUCGCUAAUGAGCCCCUGCACAGAGGUGGCGGUCAGAUCAUCCCCACCGCGAGACGGGUGGUGUAUUCCGCCUUCCUCAUGGCCACUCCGAGGCUGAUGGAGCCCUAUUUGUUCGUGGAAGUGCAGGCACCGGCAGACUGCGUGUCUGCCGUGUAUACGGUGCUUGCGAAGAGACGUGGUCAUGUCACUCAAGAUGCGCCAGUGCCAGGGUCUCCGUUGUACACCAUUAAGGCUUUCAUUCCGGCUAUAGACAGUUUCGGUUUCGAGACUGAUUUGAGGACGCACACGCAGGGACAGGCGUUCUGUCUGUCGGUCUUUCAUCACUGGCAGAUUGUGCCGGGAGAUCCAUUGGACAAAACGAUUAUUAUAAGGCCCCUGGAGCCGCAGCCGGCAACGCACUUGGCUAGGGAGUUCAUGAUAAAGACGCGUAGGCGGAAGGGCUUGAGUCAGGACGUGUCGAUCAACAAAUUCUUCGACGAUCCCAUGUUGUUGGAGUUGGCGAGACAGGACGUGAUGCUGAAUUACCCCCUUUUGUGAAGUGUGAUUAUUUAUUUUAAGGUAAUUUCUUUUAUUUAAGGGAAAAUGUAGUUGCAGUUUGGAAAAUACAAGAAUUUUUUUUUAUUUUGG